AUGUAUGCCGCCCGACCGCGCUGGUCGCACGAUGAUGAUGAUAGCGUGAGUGUCGUGCAGAGCACACACGACUUCACGCAGCGCAUCUUCAAGACCAAACCUCAAAGUGCGCGGUGGGUGCGCGGGUUGACAGAGGAUGGCCAGGAGGGCGACCGCACUGUUGGCUUCCGGAGGCGCCGAGCAAACAUGAACAGGUGGGAGGAGGUGGACGACACUCCUGAUGACGUUUUCCAAGGGACCGCGCACACGGAAACGUGGCGUAGCCACUGGUUGUUCUACCCCAAUGUGCUUGCAAUCGUCUAUCUGUGCUUGAUCGUCGUACGUAUGAUGAAGGGGCUCCAUCGUUCUUACCGGCUCGAUUAUCCCACCACGCCGUGGCAGCUCGAGCUGUACGGGCGCCGGUACGGCGAGAACGGCGUCUCCUUCCUGAUGCGCGUCUGCGUGCCACUGGCUGUCCCCCAUGCCGUCGGCGCAGCGUACACGCUGACUCUGACCUACACCAUUGGUGGAGCAGCGCGCAGAUUUAUCGCGUUGUGCGGCGUUGGCUUAUCGCUGCUGUCCGUCGGCGCGCUAUUCACGCAGAGCUCGUUGCUCUUCGCCUGUUGUGACAUCUCUCCGCAUAGUCACCGGUGGGAGUGCGACGUGCCAUUUGCCUUCCACCACGUCUGCAGCGUAAUUCGGGUGCUGUGCCCGCUGCUGGCGGUGUGGUGUGUGUCUCCGGUGCUGGACCAGCUGUGGGGCUGCGGCUACCGGUGGCGGUGCGUGCUCGCUGUGCCGUGUGUGAUGGCCCUAGCGUGCCUGGUCAGUUCCGUGUACGAUGAGGUGCCCUCGCACACGAUGCUGGAUUUGGCACACGUGUCCGUACUGCUCGCCUGGCCUUUGUUCGUGAAAUCAUGUUGGAGGCUGAAGCGCUUUGCUGCGGUGCCAACGGCGGAGAAACUGCACGAGAAGUAA